CCCUCAGUCCAGCUCAAGCCUCAAGCUAGCAACCAGUCCUCCACCACUGAGCUAUCAAUCGGCAGCUAGUAGCCAUGGGCAUGAGCCUUGAGCACUCGAGCUCUCCCUCCUCCUCCUCCACGGCCGAGCACGUUGGCGCGGCGCAGUGGCCUUGGCCGCCGAAGCGCCCCGCGGGGCGCACCAAGUUCCGGGAGACGCGUCACCCGGUGUUCCGCGGCGUUCGCCGCCGUGGCAGCGCCGGGCGGUGGGUCUGCGAGGUUCGCGUCCCUGGGCAGCGCGGCACACGCCUCUGGCUUGGCACCUACGUCGCCGCCGACGCGGCCGCGCGCGCGCACGACGCCGCCAUGCUCAUGCUCCGCGGCCGCUCCGCCGCGUGUCUCAACUUCCCGGACUCCGCGUGGCUGCUCGAUGUGCCGCCCUCGUUCGCCGACCUCGCCGAUAUCAGGCGAGCGGCCGUCAAGGCCGUUGCGGACUUCCUGCGCCGCCGGGACGCCGCUAGCGCUUCUGCCGCCGCUGCGGUCCAGGAAGUCACCUCAAGCGUGUCCGCGCCGCCUUCAGCGGCAUGCAGUGCCCGUGCCCGCUCGUCGGAAAUGGCGAGGAAUUUCGCUGAUGCUGCUUUUGAGGCGCCAAGUGCCGCACUGGACAGCGACGUGUUCGAUCUCGACUGCCUGUUUGGGGAAACGGACUUGGACGCGUAUUACUACGCGAGCCUUGCGCAGGGGCUUCUCAUGGAGCCCCCGCCCCCGCCGGCCACCGGGGCAUACAGCUGGGGCCAGGACAACGGAGACUUCGGCGACGGCGGGGCGGGAGCCGGAGCUGAUGUCGCGCUCUGGAGCUAUUAGCUAGCAACCGAGACUUCCAGCAUGAUUACGUCGUCGUCGUGACACACCGUCGGUCGCGAUGAUGUUCUCGCCAGUGUCGCAGAUCAAUUUCAACUCAGGUUAUUCGCGUCUCCCACUCUUGGCAACCAGACGUACAUGCAGCUUCUCGUCGCCGUCGUCGGCCAAGCUACUGAAGCUACCAGCAGAAGGGAAACAGUAACUGUGCCGCGCUCUCACGCGCUGACACUGCAAGUCUUGACUCUUCUUCGCUCCCUGUCUUGAUGUAGUGUCCCUUUUGUUGCAUAUUUUGAAAAGGUUCUAGCAAUCACUGGUGAGGUGCCAUGGGCACGCAAGAUUGACCUUUAGGCGAUAUUGCAUGAUCACUUGGAAUAAAAACUGGAAAUUGCGAAAAAUUCUAAAUUCUUUGCCCCAAA